AUGGAAUUAAUUCAAGGUGCUGGUCGUGAACAAUUCACACACCUUAGAAGCUAUGGUGAGGAGUUGUUAAUGUUAAAUCCAAACUCCACUGUUAAAAUUAAGUGUGCUAAUUCAGAUGGUGGUCCUGUCUUUGAAAGAAUAUAUGUAUGCUUAGAAGCUUUUAAGGCAGCGUUUGCAACGACGUGUAGGCCUCUAAUAGAACUGGAUGCUUGUUUUCUUAAAGGGGACUUUGGAGGUCAGUUAAUAGGUGUUGUUGGUAUGGAUGGAAAUAACAAGAUUUAUCCAAUCGCUUAUGCCACAGUGGAAGCUGAAACGAAAGACUCGUGGAAAUGGUUCCUUAAUUUGUUAUUAGAAGACUUACAAUCUAUACAAGACAACAAAUAUGGAUUUAUAUCAGAUCAACAGAAGGGAUUGGUACCUGAUAUUCUUGAGACAAGCCAACAUGUUGAACACAGACUAUGUGUUAAACACUUGUAUGGCAAUUGGAGAAAGAAAUAUUCGGGGAUAUUUAUGAAGGAGGCUUUAUGGCGGGCAUCUAGAGCCACAACAAUUCCUGCAUGGGAAAGAGCAAUGAAUCAGAUGAAAGAGCUCAAUGUCAAUGCUUGGAAAGACAUGAUGGAUGUCCCGGCUGCAUGUUGGACUCGGUCUCAUUUCAAAACAGACACACAAUGUGAUUUGCAAGUCAACAAUAUGUGUGAGGCUUUUAAUCGUGCAAUCUUGGAGUAUAGAGAUAAGCCGAUCAUUUCACUACUUGAAGGAAUCAAACAUUACAUAACAGUGAGAAUAUCUGCUCAAAAGGAGAAAUUAAGUAGGUACACAGGUGUUACAAGUCCUAGCAUUCAAAAAGUCUUGGAAAAAACAAAGAGGGCAGCAAAAGGAUGGAUUGCAACAUGGCAUCCAGAUGAUGACUUUGCAAUAUUCGGAGUUUCAAACGGUGUUGAGACAUAUGUUGUGAACUUGCUUCAACAAAAAUGUGGUUGUAGGAAGUGGGAUUUAAGUGGAAUACCAUGUUGUCAUGCUAUUGCAUGCAUAUGGUAUAACAAGAAGGAGCCCGAAGAUUACGUUUCAUCAUUCUAUAGGAAAUCUACUGUUUUGGCUACUUAUAGCCAUAUCAUCAUGCCAACCAAUGGCCCACAACUAUGGCCUGUUAAUGUUGCUAACCCAAUUAGCCCUCCAGUCAUGCGAAGAUCUAUUGGUCGUCCUAAGAAGAAUCGUAACAAGGCAAAUGAUGAACCGAGGAUAAGAAAUACACUGCCUAGAACUCUUCAAACUGUCAAGUGCAACAAAUGUGGGAGUUUUGGCCAUAACAAACGAACGUGUAAAGGGAAGCGAGCUACGGAGAGAGUGAUUCCUAAAGGUGGCAACAAAAAAUCUAAAAAAAAUGGUGACAAGUCGGGCAAGGAAGCGGGAGAAACUGUUGUAGUUGAAGGGUCGCAAGCACCGCCACCAACCCAAGAAUAG